CAAAAAACCCCAAUAAGGGAAAUAAGGGAUACGGUCUCUCUCUCCUUCCUUAGGUUGCCAACCAAACCCACCUCAACGCAGGGCCGGCCUUCUUGUGACCGUACGGCUCCGGCGACCCACCCCUCCGGCCGACGACGCAGCCACAGACCCUCCUCUCUUCUCUUUCUUCUCCCUCAGACGCACGCAGUCGCCGCCUUCUCCUUGGCCGAGCUCCAUCCCCAGCAGGCCGCCGUCGCCUCCUCAUCUCCUGCUAGCAAUCCUGCGAGCCGCGGGAUCUCCUCUGCGUCGAGGUCUCUCUUUCUUUCCCAUCCGCUCGUCAUUAUCACCAAGCCGCCGCUGCCUUCUCGGUGCCCGCACGUGACCGGCGACUUCCCCUCCGGCUGGCGACGCGCUCGUUCAACCCGUGCGGUUGUCCUCCUGCCCCCCUGGCCGAACAACAUCCCCCUGGGCCGGGCUCCUCUUCCCUGGGCCGAGCUCUCCAUCGUCUCCUUCUCCGGCCACCUCCUCCCUUCCCCUGCGGCCAGCGAGUGUCGCCGGAACCCUUGGAUUGGUGAAAGAAAGGCCGGGCUUCGUUGUCAUCCUCCUUGGGCGGCGCCUCGGAUCGGAUGCGAGGUAUAGCUUUGGUGUCAGUGGAUGGAUGAGGGGGGAGAUGAAGCAUCGCUUGCCUUUUAAGGUUGGACAAGAGGCUGAAGCAAGGUCCUUUAUUACUGGCUUUCGUGGUGCAUGGUUUCGCUGCAAGAUAAAGAAUAUUGGCUUCAAGAAAGGAAAACUUGGCUACUACUUGGAAUUCUUUGAUUUUCUAGAUGAAAAGAUAACAUGGACGAAAGUCUAUCAAAAGCCCCCCAAGCACACUAAUAAGCCACGUGGAGUGAUGAAAAUGGAUCUUAUGGUCCGCCCUUCCUUUCCCCCUUGGUAUAAGGAGAGCGAACUACUGGAUCAUCAUUCCACAUCUGGAAUAGUAGCAAUUGUUGAUGAUACUUGGAAAGUUGGUGAUCUGGUUGACUGGUGGUAUGACAACUGUUACUGGACUGGUAGAGUAACCCAAUUACUUGGAGAGGAAAAAGUUUUGAUAGAGUUGCCACAGCCUCCAGUUGGUGAAGGAAGAUCAUACUGUGCUCUUUGUAAGGACUUGAGGCCCUCUCUUGACUGGUCUCCAGAAAAUGGUUGGGCAAUACCUAUAUCAAAGGAACAUGAGGGUUGCCAAUAUUCUGUUCGUUUGGUUCAUACGCAUAAUCAAGAAGAUUCAAAUGCAGAAAGAAUUAACAUGAGUACCGACUUGGAAUCCAAUGAUGCUAUGGAGGGAAUACAUAACUGCUUGUACGAAUCCAGUCUGAGUGGCAAUGUAAAAGAUUCAUCUGACACGGAAGCAAUGCUUAAUGGUUUAUAUGAUAUAUCCUGUUUGCGUGAUGAAGUAACAAGUUCACCUGACGUGCUGAUAGAGAAUGGAAAGCUGAACUCCUUUAGCAAAGCAUCUAGUUCAAGUGAUGAGGUGAAAAAUUCAGCGACCAUGUUGAUGAACAGUGAAAGCAUAUACAGGUCCAGCAGAUACCCACUUCGUUACUUUGAUUCUUUUGAUAAUAUAUGGACCGACAAGCAGAUCUAUCUGACUUCAAUAAGGCAUCCUGACACUCUAGAGGCUUCCAUUUUCGAACUGGAGGAGCUUGCUGUUAAAAUCAGAUGGCUUAAAGGUCUUUUAAAAUUUGGGCUUCAGUGGUCAAAUGCGAUGGUACCUUCCUGGAGGUUUGUGGAGAACUACAAUCGAACAGAUAUGACUUCAUAACAUAUCCUCAGUUUCAUCUUCUGAUAUCUAACUGCAAAGGUUUGCAUCUACCUUAUUCCCUUUAUGCGCAGUCGCCACUUCAUGGUUAGUUUAGUGAGUUCACUAAUGUAAUCUAAGUCAUUUUCUAUUAGCAAAUCAUUUUGGUUGUAGGUGCAUGAACUUAGUAUUGUUGAAUAUGUGGUGGAAUAAAAAAAAUAUCAAGGCGUUAUUGCAGAUCUCUUGGACCCUACUCUUUUUUAAUGAAGGGUCUACAAUGACACAUUUAUCUAUGGAUCAACAGGCCACUGUUUCAUCCUUGAAUAUGCCUCUCUUGCUUUUAUAAUUUGAAGAAACUUCAAUUUUUCAA